GGCAGGACAAGUGCUGCUUUCUACCUCAGAGUUCAAAGGCCUGGCUGGUGCAUCUUCUUGGGCAAGCCCAGCUCACACCCUGCCAGGCAAAGGAGGAAAAGCCAGAGGAGGCAGUGCCUCGGAUGACUGGGCACACAGGGAAAUAGGACGGAAACUUCUGCUUGGGCCCAUGGCCACAAGCACCCAGAGAGGAAACCUGUAGUGUCAUCCACAGUUCCUGGAGAAUCCAGAGGCUCCCUUAGAAAGUGAGCCCCAAGGAUGAGGCUGCUCAAGCUGCUAAUUUUCCUGGCCCACUGGGGAGUCGCCAGAGCUGAACCAGGGAAGUUCUGGCACAUAUCUGACCUGCACCUUGACCCUGACUACAAGGUAUCCGAAGACCCCCUCCAGGUGUGCCCAUCGGCUGGCUCGCAACCGGUGCCCAACGCAGGCCCCUGGGGUGACUACCUCUGUGACUCCCCCUGGGUCCUCAUCAACUCCUCCAUCUACGCCAUGAAAGAGAUUGAGCCGGAGCCAGACUUCAUCCUCUGGACUGGGGAUGACACCCCUCAUGUGCCCAACGAGAGGCUGGGAGAAGCAGCCGUGCUGGGAAUUGUGGGGCGCCUGACCAGGCUCAUCAGAGAGGUCUUUCCAGAUACCAAAGUCUACGCUGCUUUGGGAAAUCAUGACUUUCACCCUAAAAAUCAGUUCCCACCAGGAAACAACAACAUCUACAAUCAGGUAGCAGAACUGUGGACACCCUGGCUCAGUAAGGAAUCCAUCGCUCUCUUCAAACAAGGCGCCUUCUAUUCCGAGAAGUUGCCAGGACUGAGUGGCGCUGGGCGAGUCGUGGUCCUCAACACCAAUCUGUACUACAGCAACAACGAGCAGACAGCUGGCAUGGUGGACCCCGGCCAGCAGUUCCAGUGGCUGGAAGAGGUGCUGACCAACGCAUCCCGAGCUAAGGAGAUGGUGUACAUUGUCGGCCACGUGCCCCCGGGAUUCUUUGAGAAGACGCGGAACAAAGCGUGGUUCCGGGAGAGCUUCAAUGCGGAAUACCUGAAGGUGGUCGGGAAGCACCAUCGAGUCAUCGCAGGGCAGUUCUUCGGGCACCACCACACCGAUAGCUUCCGGAUGUUCUAUGAUGAUGCAGGUGCCCCCAUCAGUGUCAUGUUCCUUACACCUGGAGUCACCCCCUGGAAAACCACCUUACCUGGCGUGGUCAACGGGGCCAACAAUCCAGGCAUCCGGGUAUUUGAAUACGACCGAGCCACACUGAGCCUGCAGGACAUGGUGACCUACUUUGUGAACCUGAGCCAGGCGAACGCGCAGGGGACCCCGCUCUGGGAGCUCGAGUACCGGCUGACCCAGGCCUACGGGGUGCCCGACGCGGGCGCCCGCUCCAUGCACGCGGCGCUGGGCCGCAUCGCCAGCGACCCCCGCGCGCUGCAGCGCUACUACGUCUACAACUCGGUCAGCUACGACCCCUCGGCCUGCGAGCAGGCCUGCCGCGCCGAGCACGUGUGCGCGCUGCGCGAGGUGGCCUUCGACGCGUACGCCGCCUGCCUGCGCGCCCCCGGCGCCGCGCCCGCGCCCCGGCUCGCGCUCCUGCUUGCGGCGCCGCUGGGCCUGCGCGCGCUGCUCCCGCGGUGA